GGUCCCAAACCUCCCGUCAACUGUGCGCUGCCCCCAGCUGCUCGGACCCAUGGAUGCACUCAGCCGGGCCAAGAUACAAUGCCCCUUGCGCCACUGCGUCCUCGGACUGCUCCUGCAGUUCCUUUUGGCUCUGUGCUUCUUCUCCUACCUGCGCGUGUCCCCAGACAAGCUCCUCUGGCCCACUAAGUCCGGGGCCACCGCAGUCGAGUCUGUCAGCACAGCUCCCACGGGGUCGGCAGAGCCGGGGUCGUCCAAGGGGACCCACUGCCAGGCCACCGCGGGGCCCCUGGCCCGCCCGCCUCUGCUUCUCCUGCUCUGGACCUGGCCCUUCCACGUCCCGGUGGCCCUGUCCCGCUGCUCGGAGCUGUGGCCCGGCACCCCCGACUGCCAGCUGACUCUCAACCGCAGCCUGUACCCGCAGGCGGACGCCGUCCUCGUGCAUCACCGGGAGGUCAGCUCCAGGCCCCGGCAGCAGCUCCCGCCCUCCCCACGGCCCCCCGGGCAGCGCUGGGUCUGGUUCAACAUGGAAUCGCCCGACCACUCUCCCCGCCUUAAGGAGCUGGACGGGUACUUCAACCUCACCAUGUCCUACCGCCGAGACUCCGACAUCUUCACGCCCUACGGCUGGCUCGAGCCCUGGAGCGGCCCGCCCGCCGAGGCGGCGGUCAACCUCUCGGCCAAGACCGAGCUGGUGGCCUGGGCGGUGUCCAACUGGAAGCCGACCUCGGUGAGGGUGCGGUAUUACGAGACCCUGCGGGAGCAUCUCAAAGUGCACGUGUACGGGCGCUCCCACGAGCCGCUGCCCCGCGGCGACAAGAUGCUGGAGCACCUGGCCCGGUACAAGUUCUACCUGGCCUUCGAGAACUCCGUGCACCCCGACUACAUCACGGAGAAGCUGUGGAGGAACGCCCUGAUGUCCGGGGCUGUGCCCGUGGUGCUGGGCCCCAGCCGGAGCAACUACGAGCAGUUCCUGCCCCCCGACGCCUUCAUCCACGUCGACGACUUCCAGAGCCCCAGGGAGCUGGCCCAGUACCUGCUGGCGCUGGACCGCGACGACGGCCGCUACCUGAGCUACUUCCGCUGGCGAGAGACGCUGCGGCCGCGCUCCUCCAGCUGGGCGCUCAUGUUCUGCAAGGCCUGCUGGCAGCUGCAGCAGGAGGCCACCUACAAGACGGCGCCCAGCCUCGCCGCCUGGUUCACCUGA